CGUGAAGUGGAUGAGGUAAGCUUAUAACAGUGGAAGAAGGAAGAGACCACGGCAAUGGCAAUGGCUCUUCUUUGUUCUCCUUCACACUUCACAACCCAUCACCACAAUCCUUUCUUUAGGAACCAAAGUAGGAUCUUGUUAAGCCAGAAGAAAUGUAAAUUAAAAGAGAAGAUUAUGGCAUGUUCAUGUGCUUGUUCCUCUUCAGAUCCCAGUUUAAAAAAUGGGUUUUGUAGAAGGGACUUGGUGCUUUUUGGUCUCUCUUCUUCAUUAUCCAUUGCCUUCCCAUCUUCAGGGAUACUUGCUGAGGAAGAUCUGAAAAUGGCUUCAGUGGUUGAUGAAAUAAACGCCUAUACUUAUUCAUAUCCAGUGGAAUUGCCAUCUAAGAAGUUCCUCUUCAAAUGGGUGGAAUCCAGAAAACCUGAACGCUAUUCAUCAGCUGCACCACUGUCCCCUGAUGCACGCCUGCGCAUUGUGUCCGAGCGUGUUGACAUCAUUGAUAACCUCAUCCUCUCUGUUUCGAUAGGUCCCCCAAAUCUUCAGUUUGUAAAAUCUAAAGACAAGAGUACCUGGGCUGCAAAAGAUGUUGCUGAUUCUGUUUUGUCUGACAAGUCUUCACUGCGAGUCACUUCAACUCAACGUUUGUCUGAGAGUUCAAUUCUUGAUGCACAUGCUAAUGAAAUUGAUGGUGAGCCAUACUGGUUUUAUGAAUAUAUUGUACGCAAGUCGCCCACCAAAAAUGCUCAAGAAUCAAAUCUUUUCCGACGCUACAUUGCUUCAACAGCUGAACGAGAUGGGUAUUUGUACUCUCUAAGUGCUUCAACUCUAAGCAAGCAGUGGGACAAGAUGGGGCCCUACUUGGAAAAAGUUGUGGCCUCUUUCCGCCUUCUCCCUCCCACAGGGGACUAUGUACCUCCAUACAAGGAUCCAUGGAGAUUUUGGUGACAAGCUUUCAUCUUAUAUUCAUUUAUAAUAUCUCACUCCUUUUUUCUUGUCAAUUCAGCAAGUGUAAAGUUCAGGGAAAAUUUAGUCAUCUGUAUUUUUCUUUCGUUGCAUGAUUUUGUUGAAUUCAUAAUCACAAACUGGGUUUUAUUA